AUGUCACAAGCAGCAGUAGGGCCAGAUGGGUCUAGUUCUCCGGCAAGAAGAUCUUGCAUGUUUUAUAAGUUAAUGGCUGCUUCCAUUCUCCAAGACAAAAAGCUGAAGAUACCAAAAAAGUUUGUCAACAAAUAUGGAGAUGAACUUUCUUCUAUUGCCACACUCACCGUCCCCUGUGGUCGUAUCUGGCUAGUGGAACUGCAAAAUGUUAACGGCAGGUUAUGGUUUCACAAGGGUUGGCAUGAAUUUGUAGAAUGCUACUCCAUUCGGGUCGGGUAUUUCUUGGUCUUCAUAUAUGAAGGGAAAUCAAACUUUAAUGUCCAUAUGUUUGAUUUGUCAGUUUCAGAGAUUAAGAAUCCAUGUAAUACUCUCAGUAGUUUGCAAGAAUCCAUUCAUGACAAUCCAUGUCUAUUACCCCAUGAGAAAGAUGAUGGCCUCGAAAAAAUCUUGGGUUGCAGGUCUCCAUGUCCUAAUCUCCUUUCCUCGAUAACAAGCAAAGAUUUUACUGAAUAUAUCCAUGGCAACUGGAUUCAAUCUACGUACACUGCUGCUAGUCUAGAAAACCCACAUCUAAGAACGGAUGCGUCUAAUUUGAGAGAAAAAUCUCAAACUUCUCGAGACAUAGGUACACAAUUUAAUGGGAGGGAGUUUUCGAUUACUGAGGAUGGAGUUGGUUCCCUUAUCUCAGGCAUAGCAGGAAAAAACAGAAGAAGCAAACGAAUGAUUGAGACUAAUGUUGAUAAACAUGAGUCACUAGGCAUCCAGAACGUGAAACUAAAGUCAGCCCGUGUAAAAAUUACUUCUGAAACUCUUUCAAGGAGGUGGAGAGCUGUAACACCGGAAGAAAAGGAAAGGACAAUUCUUGCAGCUCUCAAGUUCAGGUCUGAUAAUCCUUUUUUCAGGGUUAUCUUGCGACCAUCCUAUGUAUAUAGGGCAUUUCUUCUGCACAUUCCAUGCAUUUUUGCACGGACAUUUAUGAACAGGGUUACAGGAUUUGUCACACUUCAGGUUUCUGAUGGAAAACAAUGGCCUGUCCGAUGCUGUUACAAGGAUGGCGUUUGCCGCACUCUUCGCAUCUCAAUUCUAGCUCUUUGGAUGGAAUUAGGUUUGUGGCUUAAAACCAGAAUUGGUGGAUUAUCAAUAUGCAACAUUGUUUAUUUAGGUGAUUAUAGUUAUGUGGAUGUGAUGAAGCCUCACAAACAACAUGGAAGCACUUCUUUUGUCAAAUUCAUUAUGCCUCUGAAACUAAUAGAACCUUCUGAUGGCAAGCAAUGUUCAGUGAAACGUGAAAAAGAAAUCCCAAAUGAUGAUUCGCUUGUAGUUAUGGAAUCCACAAGGCCAAGCCCUUCGCAUAAUCUUUUGAAUGCCAGAAUUUUUUUCAAACACUCUGCUGAACCACUAAAGAGAGAAAGGGAUGAUGCUUCAUCUCACCAGAAUCUAAAUGGGUCUUCUGUUGGAGUUACUUUGGGGUUCAACAAGCAAACAAUAACUGUUGCUUCUGUGAAGAAGCAGGCAUUUGGGUGUAUGACAAGGAGCAAUGACCAUAUGAUGGAAGGUCAUGAAGAGAGUUCAGAUUUAGACAAUGUGAAGACACUAAAGCAACGCAGAUUAAACAAGCAAACCAAUUGUGAUGUACAUGAGCUUCCUGCUGAAAUGUAUAUUCCUAAAAAUGGAAGACCUGCUGCAACCCUACAGAUGAAAGGGGCUAUUUAUGCUGCGAGAAGGUUCGAGCCUGAAAAGCCUGCUUUCUUGUUUAUCUUGGGAUCAAUACGUAGACAUGUGUAUGUGCCAGCUGAAUUUUCCAGGAAGUAUUGGGGUCAGAUUUCAGGACAUGUCACACUUCGGGUUUCUGAUGGAAGAGAAUGGUCUAUCAAGUGCUUUGAAAAUGCUGGGAAUCCAAGUUGA